UAUGUAUGAGCAGUAUAUCAUCACACCGUUAUGUAUGCGUUAAUAAUGUACCUUCAGACCAGACGGCUCAAAACCCAGUCAGAGAGAAAGUUAAAACGGGUUUGAUCGGUUUUUGCUAUUUCUGACGGUGUCCAUCCCUGAUCGAUAGCCGUUUCAGAAUUGCAUUCGCACUAAUUAGUAACAGUAUCAGUAGCACUUGUAGAACAGACGAUAGCAGUCAGAAAUGUCCACAAAUGCGAGACGUGACCAAAGAAAUAAACGGAAUAAAUCCAGUCAGAUCAUGAAAGACAUAGCGUACAGCAUCCUAUUCAACAUUUUUGUGGUAAUACACAUGCUGGUGGAUUACCUAGUCGAGUUGAUACUAAAAUGGUAUUGGGGACCAACCCGAAUUCGAUGUCCACCGUUGCAACGGAAACGGGUCAUUUUGACCUACAGUGUACAGGAGCUAGCUAAAAUGAUACGAAACAAAGAUGUAAGUUGCUACGAGGUGGUCAGUGCCUACAUUGAUCGAUUGAACGAGGUCAACCCAGUUAUAAAUGCAGUGAUCGACGGUCCCUUCAUUGAAGCACUCGAGGAAGCAAAAGCCAUCGAUGACAGAAUCCAACGAGGUCUUAUUUCAGAGAAUGAAUUUGCCGAAAAACCUUUCCUUGGUAUACCUUUCACGACGAAGGAUAGUACGGCCGUUAAAGAUAAGCUCCACACUUUGGGAAUUGUGGCCCGACGUAACGUGAAAGCCAAAGAAGAUGCCGAGUGUGUCAAACUGAUGAAGGACGCCGGUGCUAUUAUAAUUGCGACUACCAGUAUUCCGGAAAUUAACAGAUGGCAGGAAACCAGAAAUAACCUGAUUGGUCAAACGAACAAUCCAUACGACAGCCGACGUACGGUAGGAGGUUCGAGCGGUGGAGAAGCAGCUUUGAUUACGACAUGCGGCAGUGCCUUUGGACUAGGUACCGAUAUUGGUGGUUCGAUUCGCAUGCCGGCAUUUUACUGUGGCAUUUUCGGCCACAAGCCAACGUCGGGAAUCGUCAACACUCGCGGUUGUACUCUGCGCACUGGCCGGGAAGUUUCCACAAUGGUCGUCGCAGGACCGAUGACUCGAUACGCUUCCGAUCUGCGUCCAAUAAUGAAGGUUCUUGUUGGUCCCAAAGCUACGGUAGCGUUGAAGCUUAAUGAAAAGACAGACUUGAAAAAGUUGCGUUACUUCUAUUGUACCAGUUCUGGAGACAUUCGAUGCAGCUCUGUGCAUCCUCAGCUACAGAGGGCCAUGACUCGUGUGGUUGAUCACUUCCAAACGAUUGCCCCCGAAGGUGUCCAGAAAGUAACAUUGAAAAACAGUGAAAAAACCAGUCAAAUGUGGCGCUACUGGAUGACUCAAGAACCGGCUAGUUUCAACAAUCUACUCGGCAAUGGAAAACAACUUUCUCCGUUUGUCGAAUUGGCCAAAAAGAUCACGGGUAGCAGCGAAUACACUUUGGCAUCCAUAUACUCGCUGAUUGACAGUAUCAUGCCCCCGGAAAAGGCUGAUAAAAUCAAAGAAAUCACACGCCAAUGUGAUCAAGAUCUCACCGAGUUGCUCGGGGAUGAUGGCGUUUUGUUCUAUCACAGCACAACAAACUCUGCUCCGUAUCACUAUUCAGCAUUUGUCAAUGUAUUCAACUUUAGCUAUUGGUGUCUCUUUAACGUCUUACACGUGCCGGCUACUCAAGUUCCAUUAGGUCUGGAUCCGGACGGUUUGCCACUGGGUAUUCAAAUUGUUGCAACACGAAAUCGCGAUCGUCACUGUUUGGCUGUUGCAGAGGAGCUCGAACGUGCAUUCAGCGGUCACAUUCCGUCUUUUAUCAUUGAUUAGAGAUUAAGAGGUUUUGUAGCGGGCUCGAUUAAAUACACCGAACAUUUAUUUCGGUUCAGGUAUUGGUAUUAUAACGGUGCAAACUAGUGAAUGAGUUUUAUGAUUUAUAAGUUUCUACUCUAUUGCUUGCCACAACUGCGAACGGGAACUAGUGAACAAUCAGUUAUUUAUAUGGUCAAUAAACUUUUAGUGAAUAGCA